AUGGCAGAGGAACAAAACGGCUCUGCUGCAUGGCCUGUAGCGGAUUCUGGGCUCACGCAAGAGAUCCUGGAUAUCGUCCAACAAGCAUCUCACUACAGACAGUUGAAGAAGGGGGCCAAUGAAGCGACCAAGACUUUAAAUAGAGGUAUCUCUGAAAUUAUCAUUCUUGCAGCUGAUACCGCCCCUCUCGCCAUUCUCUUGCAUCUCCCGCUUCUCUGCGAAGACAAGAACGUUCCAUAUGUAUACGUUCCUAGCAAGACAGCUUUGGGCCGUGCUUGCGGUGUCAGCAGAGCCGUGAUUGCAGCGAGCAUCACCACGAAUGAAGCCAGCGAUCUCAUGAACCAGAUCCGGAGUCUGAAAGACAAGGUGGAGAGACUCAUGAUCUAA